AUGGGAGCUGACAGGAAGCUGGUUGCCGACUUCGUCUACGAGAAGAGCAAGAACUCGCAGUACACGCAGCAUCAGCUUGAGCUUGAUGCAAAGCAACAGGCGAGAGCAGAGCUGGUGGCGAAAGAGCUGCGCAUUGCCGAAGCGAGAAUGUCCGAAAGCGAGCUGCUAUCGGAACGGAGGAAGAUCGAAGCCGAGCUAGAAGCGCUUGAGAAGCAUCGGGAUCUUUCUCGAACCCACUGUGUUGUUGACAUGGACAUGUUCUAUGCUGCAGUUGAAAUUCGAGAUCAGCCAAGCCUGGCAUCAAAGCCCGUAGCUAUCGGAGGAUUGGGGAUGAUAUCCACCGCUAACUAUGUGGCGCGCUUGUACGGGGUCAGAGCUGCAAUGCCAGGCUUUAUCGCAGUUGAAAUGGUGAGAAAUCCGGCUGCCAUUGGAUCCAAGAUGCCGCCGGACGAGCUUGUUUUCAUCACGCCAAACUUUGCGAAAUACACGCAGGUGGCGAUGGAAACAAGAGAAGUGUUUCGGCAGUAUGAUCCGCACUUCAAGGCCAUGUCCCUGGAUGAGGCGUACUUGGAUCUUACAGAUUACUUGGCUGCGCACGGGGUCAGCGCAGAGGCUGCGGUGCAAGAGAUGCGAGAUCGGGUCAAGGCGCGCACUGGCAUCACUUGCUCGGCCGGCAUCGGUCCCAAUCGGAUGGUUGCCAAGAUAGCUUCGGAUGAGAGAAAGCCUGAUGGCCAAUCGCAGGUUCUACCCACGAGGGAGGCCGUCUUGGAGUUCAUGGACCGUCUACCGGUUCGCAAACUCCCGGGUUGUGGGAAGGUGCUGGAAAACCAGAUCUCGAUCAUGUUGGGCGUGCAAACCUGUGCUGAGCUUCGAGCUGCUGCUGCGCGUGUAAAACGCGCAUUUCAGGGAAGGAAGACCUGCAGCUUUCUUCUGCGGGCGUGCCUCGGCCUUUCCUCUGAUGAGCUCGCCGAGGAGGGGGGAGAGGUUGGCAACGUGGCCCGCAAGUCCUUGUCCUGCGAGCGCACCUUUCGCGCGGAAUCGGAGCCCGCAGAGCUUCGUGGACGCUUGCGCGAUCUCUGCAGGCAGGUCAGCGAGGACAUGGCGGCUUCUGUUCCACCUCUUGCGGGUCGCGUUGUGGCACUGAAAACGAAGGCCUCGAGCUUUGAGGUGCGGAAUAAGCAGAUCAGUCUGAUCCAGCCCGUGGGCUUCAGUCCCAACUUUGGGAAGGAAGGAGAAGACGGAAGGGAGCAUGCAGAGCAGGAGACUGCUCGCGUGACUCAGGAGCUUUACAAGUUGCUGGAGCCUGUUUUAGAAGAGCAGUUUCCCUGUCACUUGCGCCUCAUGGGAGUCCGUAUGUCCUCUUUCAGAGACCAGCGUGCGACCCUCGACAAGGGACAACAGUUGAUCAGCUUCUUUCAAUCCAAAGGCUCUGAGCAGCCGGAGGGCUUUGCUGCAGGGGCUGGGCCGGACAAUUUGAACACCGGGAUGCCGAAGCCACAGAGCCAGGCGGCCAACGUGAUUGACCUUGACAGUUCCCAAGAGGAUCUAAGAGACAAGAGCAGAGACCCUCCUGUCCAGAGCCAGAGCCUGCCAAAAGGCUGCUUAAAGCGAGUGGUGGAAAGACUUGCUGGUCGUGCCAAAAGGAUCCGCCUAUCUGGUGUCUGUUGUCCAGUCUGCGGCGUGCGAGUGCCUGAAGAUCAAGCGAAUCAGCACGUCAACGCUCACUACGGGGACCAAUGA